AUGUCACUAUUUGGUGACGACAACGAUCUGUUUGGAAGAGCUUCGGGUCCUGGGGGAGGUAAUGACGACGACCUAUGGUCACUUCCUCAACCCAAAGGUUCCUCCAAAGAUAGAAUUUCUAGUCUUCUUGCUGGGGUCUCAGUACCUCAGUCUUAUGAUGAGCUUUAUAAUAGAGUUAGAUCGUCUGAUGGUCGUGUGGGCAUAGCUGGCCUUGAAGAUGUUAUUGGAGAAUCAGCAAUCAGUGUGGGCACUGGAGAAUUGAUAGUCAAUCUAGUCACAAAGGGCAAAAGCAAUCAGUCCCUGGAUAGAGAUUCCUGGAAUGUGGCAAUGGCACUUGUUGGAUUAGCCCAAGCUGGUGAAGACGAUCUUGGUUUAGAUGCUGUAGAUUUCAGUCGUGAUAAUUUACCAGAGGUGUCUCUACCUCGUACUGGUCGGACGCUUUCUAGAGCUCGUGACAGUAGCAAUGUCACUAAUGGCGGUAAUGUCACCAGCAAUGGCAAUAACAACAACAAUUACAGCAGCAGUGGAAAUGGUGGCCAUCAUGGGUCAACAUUGACAACAGGAACUUCAGCAUUUAGUCGAGAGAGCUCUAUAGGAUCUGAAUACCAGUCUGCACCACCAACUUCUGCAUGGGGAAGUGACCAAAUGACCGAUCCCAGCUUGACAUCGAGCUCGCCUGUACCUUCGUUACCUCUUGGUUCAUCCGACACUAAUCCCGGGUCAUCAGAUUCAGGUGCCAUUUCAGCUCCAUGGUCGAAUUCUGCAUCGGACCCCAAUAAUUACAAUCCCACUUCAAAAGACACUAUUACUAUUACAUUGGCACCUGAAAGAGAAGGCAUUUUCAUGUUUCGCCAUGUUGUGUAUAACCUUGAAGGCACUAUCAAUUACUCCGAGUACUCCAAUACUCCUAAAACAUUCAAAGUGGUUAGAAGAUACAGCAACUUUUUGUGGUUGCAAGACUGCUUGGUCAAAAAAUAUCCAUUUCGCCUGUUGGCCGUUCUGCCACCGAAACGACUGGCUGUUGAUGGCCGGUACCUGUCAUCCGACUCAUAUUUUCUUGAACGACGGAGAAGAGGGUUGUCACGAUUCAUUAAUCAGAUAAUUAAACACCCGCUGCUGCGAAAAGACAAGCUAGUAGUCAUGUUCUUAACUGUUGACACCGAGCCAUCUGUAUGGCAAAAACAGGCCUCGCUCAAAAUAGAAGAGGAGUUUGCUCACCGCAUCAUCUCUCCGGCAUUUGUUGCCAAAUGGAACCAAGAUGAAGAGACCGCCAGAUGGCGGGCAGUCAACGAGUCGGCUAUUUUGUGUCUCGAAGCAGUUACCCAGCUCUGUUUCAUAGCCGACCGAGUGUCACGACGCCAGGAUGCCAUGAGUGCCGACUACAAUAAGAUGUCGCAAUCGUUCAGCUCCUUGGCGCAAAACAUUGGCAGACUCUACUCUAGCCAAUCUGGCGAUAUCCCCGUCAUCAACGCCGGUAUCGGAUCCGCCAUCAAAUACACAUCCACCACCUCUGCUCUCCUGCGUGACGAGAGCCAAUCGGUCGACAUUGGCUUCCUGGAAGAACUCAAACAGCUCCGCGAGUUUCUCACCAGUUUCAAGGUAAGUGACAGUGCCUCCGGCGGCUGGGGCGCUGCCCCAGACCCCGUAGCUCCUGCUUCGCAGGAGUUUGCUGGGAUCGUCGACGCAACGACUCGAGUGAAGCGAGAGAAGCCACGGGGUCUGGGGCAGAGCCCCAGCCGCCGGAGGCAGUGCCACCAGCGGAUAGUACUAACGAACAGGAAAUAUUUGUCCGAUAUGAGAAGCUUGGCGGGAAUAAGAUCGAGGAGCUCCAGAGAAGAGUCGAGGCAAGCACGGGCAAGCUGA